UGUGCUAAUAAAAUAAAUUGAAAAAUUAGAAUUCGGCCGAUAUAACAGCACACCCACCUUCCUGGUUCCUUCCGCUUCUAAUCAACACCGCCUUUAUCUCACGCGCUUUCCUUCUCUAUAAAUUAGACUUCAACACAAAUCAAAAUAUCUUCAGUUACCAGCCAUUCUAUAUAUUUUUUUCUUCUGCAUAGCCAAAGCUUUGAGAUCUAAAAUAAGAACAGGAAGAAGAUGAGUUACUACAAUCAGCAGCAGCAGCCACCCGUCGGAGUUCCUCCCCCACAAGGUUACCCGAAAGAUGCUUAUCCACCACCGGGAUACCCUGUUCAGGGAUAUCCUCCCCAGUCGUACCCACCUCAAGGUUAUCCUCCCCAGCAACAAUACGCCCAGCAGCAAUACGCCCAGCAACCACCCAGGCAGCAAAAAGAAGUUGGCUUCCUUGAAGGAUGGUCAGUUUCCCCUCCCCUCUUUUCCUUUCUCCCCCCAACUGAUCUAAUUUCACAAACCCAAAUCUUGGGGUUGGAUUGGAUGAUCCCUACCUUGGUCUGCUUUUCAAUUUGUGGAUGGUGAACUGGUUAAUACCCAUGAUUGUUUGGAUUUAUAGCUUUGGACACGAUCUAAUUUCACAAACCCAAAUCUUGGGUUUGGAUGGGAUGAUCCCUACCUUGCUCUGCUUUUCAAUUCGUGGAUGGCGAACUGGUUAACACCCAUGAUUGUUUGGAUAUAUAGCUUAGGCACGAUCUAAUUGAUUAGACCUACUCACCCAUUUGGCCUUUUAAGCUAAUUGUCGAGAUCAGCAUAGAUUCCGAAUCCAAGAUUGUAUGUUACAGUACAUUUGAUGUUCCUGAGUUGCUGUGCUGACGGUGGGUUCUUUUAAUUUGCAGCUUAGCAGCGUUGUGCUGUUGUUGCUUGUUGGAUGCUGUCUUCUGACUCUGAGGAAGGGGGAUGUGCAUGUAUUCUUGCGUUACAAUGAGCAUGUGGAGAUUGAAGAUUGAUCAUCUUUUAUGUUAUUAUGGGUUGUAACUGUGGAGAUUUGAGAGAUUUUAACAUUCCGUGUAUUAUAUAAUAAGGAGACUUGUUUCUUUGUUGGUUUUCCUAGGGCACUUGUUUUUAUCUUGCAUAUAAAACUCACAAUUCUGAAUUCUACAUGAGCAAAACUACCUAAACAAUGGCAGAGUUCUAGUGCAGUUUGGUUCACAUUUUAUUUUUUGGGUGCUGCUUCAGUUUUGAUUCAGAGGGUUGUGGAUGUCUUCCUACUUGGGAUGCCAUAGGCUCUUGAUAGGUUUGGCUUUAUUGCACUUUGAAACAGCUGGAUUGGUUAAGUCAUAAGUGGGAGGUAUUCUUGUCCAAUUGGAAUCCAUUAUCGACUUAGUGACCUCCAACGCGUCUUCAGAGCUGACCACUUUUAAGUUUGGGUAUGGAUUGCAGCAGACGCAUGUCUCGCACCUUACACGAAGCCAUUAUUGUAUUAGGGCAUGUUGUAGAAAACAAAACUUGUAGCUGAGAACGCUAGGAUUUGAGAGAGCAACAAAUGAAGAAGACAAAAGCCAUUGUGGGGAAGUUGCAUUUGGCAAUCUGCGUAAAUUGCAAGGUUGGGUCAUUGAGAAAAUUAAAACAUUUUAUGUUUGGGAUUAAAUUUUAUUUAUUCCAUCCGUGA